AUGGAUAUGAAUUCAGCUGAUGUUUUACAAUGGCUCAAAUCGUUUAUCAAUGAUGAACAUAUUGUUAAAGUUUUUGAAGAAAGCACAGGAAGUGGUGCGAAUUUAGCAACAACAGCCGCCGUACCAAUAAUCAAAGUAGAAGGAAUUUUUAACCAAAUAAUUCGUACAAUAGAAGGUGCAGCAAAAAAUGAAUAUCAAUUCAUUAAGAGUUGUCAAGAAUUUUUUCAAUAUGAAGAGCCACAUAAGAUAGAGUUGAAUGAAUCAGGUGAUUGUGGCUAUAUUAUUCCGAUAAAGAAAUCCAUCCGAAAUUUUCUGAAUAAACCAGAUGUUAUUGAUCUAUUGGUUAAAAAUAUAAAUGAAACAAUACUAACAACAAAAAAAAAUAAAGAUUUGCUAUUAAAAUAUCGUGAUGGUACUGCUGCCGCUACCAAUAAAUCACUUGAGAAAAAUAUAUAUUCAUUUUUAUUAGUUGUAUAUUCAUUUGGUAUUUGUUUAUCAAAAUUAUUAACUAAUCCAUCACAUCGUCGAAUAUAUUUUGAAGCAAUGAUUAAUGAUUUAAACGAAUUGCAAACACAACGUUUAACAUUAUCCACAGGUACUGGACGUUUACAUUUUGCAUUUAAUUUAUUGGCUGCAGAUAACUUGGCUGCAAAUGAUCUUGGAGGUUUUCAAAAAAACUUUAACAAUGGUUAUUUCUGCCGCAUGUGUAAUAUUUCUUACACUUACAAGUCCAUUCCAUUAACAGAUAUUUCUUUUUUGUUACGAUCUGAAAAAUCAUAUGAAAGUUAUUUAAAUCAAGUAUUACAAUCAAAAAAUUCAAUUUUUGGUAUUACUCGUCAUAGUGAUUUUUCAAAUUUAAUUGCAUUUCAUCCGAUAAGAUCAUUACCUUUCGACAUCAUGCACGAUUUUUCAGAAGGUGUAUGCAUGAUAAUUGUCCAAUCCAUAUUAAAAGAAUUAUCUGCACGUCGAAUUCUUACUUACGCACAAAUCGAAGCAAGAUUAGAAGCUUUUGAAUAUGGACAGAAUGAUCAGUCCAAUAAACCACCUACAGUUCGACCAAAACAUCUCACCAACAAUCAUAUUCCUGGGUCAGCUUCACAAAAACUUCUGCUAUUUCAAAUGCUACCCAUUAUAUUUCAUGACGUUAUUAAUCGUUUAAUUGAUUUACUACCUAUAUAUACUUGUCUUCGUGAAAUUGUUUCGAUUGUUUUUGCAACGAGAAUUCGAAAAUCGUGGCUUCUUUAUUUAACAUCUGUACCAAUAUCUUUUCAUUCUUUGAUGAUUGAUAAAUUACCAGACAAUAUUACUGCAAAAGUGCAUUUUAUUACUCAUUAUCCGGAGUUAAUCAAAAGAAAUGGUCCACCACAAGAAAUUGAUGGACAUUUAUUACAGAAAUUACGUUUUGAAGAAAUUAAAUCUUUAUUUCCGAAGUUAAAACAAAGAACAUUAUUUCUGGAUGAACGUGAAAAAUUGUCAUAUAAGCUAUGCAGUGAGAAAAUUCAAUCGAAUCCAACGCCAAUAGAUGAUAAUGAUGAUCAGGAAGAACAAUCACUAUUUGUUGAUGAAAAUAUGAAAUCUUCUGAUUCCAUUCCAUUUGUUGACGAAGUAGUUAUAGAAAAUACCGAAGUUUCAUCAUCUAAUUCGAGUAAUAAUCAUUCUGAUGAUGAAGAAAAUGAUGAUCAAUUAAUAGAGAAGGAAAUUAAACUCCAAGAAGAUUAUGAAUUACCACCAUUUCCAACUGAUUUAAAAUUUGUUACUGAUCAGAAGGACUUCACAAAACUAGCUGCUCAUAGUAAUUUAAGAAGAAU